AGGGGAAUUUACAUUACCGGAAGUAGUUUGAUCGGUGCCGCCAUUGAAGCUCCUCGUAUCACUUCCAAGAAUCUCAUCAGUGUAAUUUUCUGUGAAGCCGUGGCUAUAUACGGCGUUAUUGUUGCUAUCAUACUACAAACCAAGUUGGAGAGUGUGCCAUCAUCGAAGAUGUAUGACGCUGAGUCUCUUAGAGCUGGAUAUGCAAUCUUUGCUUCUGGAAUCAUUGUUGGAUUUGCUAACCUUGUAUGCGGGUUGUGUGUCGGAAUCAUUGGAAGCAGUUGUGCGUUGUCUGAUGCUCAGAACUCGACGCUCUUUGUUAAGAUUCUUGUGAUUGAGAUCUUUGGGAGUGCUCUCGGGUUAUUUGGAGUUAUCGUUGGGAUCAUUAUGUCAGCUCAAGCUACAUGGCCUACAAAAUAGGUAUUUAUGGACUUGUACUCUAUACCUUUUACUAUCUAUCUUUCAAAUCCUAGAAGAAUUACACAUCUUUGUUUAUCUUCUUGGCUGUUAUAUCACUUGUGUAGAAGAAAAUCAUGUUUCUCUUUGAAUCCCUAUUUUUGGUAUUGUUCGAACUUGGGAAUAAUAAGUCACUUGGAGAAACCUCUUCAUGUUUUGUAUUCUUUGGUUCUUUUGUGACAAAUGAUAUGAGUUUGUAUAUGUUUUCAUGUUAAGCAUUGAAUGAACUUAAACUCUUCAGGCU